UGGAAAAAGAGAAAUAAAGGAGAAAAAAAAGGCUUACAAUUUAUUUGGAAUAGUAUAAAAUGCGGGGUUCAUAAAAAAAAAUGGAUUUUCUUAUUCAGUAAUACGUAUCCAUAACAACAACAUUUUAUUAUUGUUAUAUCAUAUUUGAUUUGAAGAGUAUAAUUUUGAUUGAGUCUAUUUUAUUUAUUUCAAUCUUUUACUUGCUACAUUAUCUGCAUAUAAUUUUUUUCAUCACGAUGAAAUCCAUUUAAGGCAAAUGUCUGAUGGUUUAGUCAUGGAAUACCUGUUUCAUGAACAAUAUCGAAAUACAGCAAAUGCCUUUCUGAAAAGUAUUAGCAAAUUUGAACAUAAAUAUGUAAAGACGGAUUAUCAUGAAGGGCCUAUUUAUUGGAAUUGGGUGGAACAAAGACAACAUGUAAGCAAUGCUAUUAAACAGGGCAAUAUUGAAAUGGCCUUACACAUAAUUAGAAAUCAUUUUCCAUUGUUAGCUAUGCAUGAAUCCAUUUCACCUAGUCAUCCAUCAUUUAUUCCCCACUUGCGAAGUGUUUUAUUUCAGCUAAAAUGCCAACAUUUUAUAGAGAUCAUUAGAUGUGUAACACCUUCUUCUUUUGCAGAAGCUCUUAGUUACGCACAAGCACAUUUAAGGCCAGCAUCAGAUGAAGACAGAAUAUAUUUGGACCAAGUAACACCUUUAAUAGCCUAUGAAGAUCCUUAUCAAUCUCCAUCUAGUCACUUAUUAACUCAAGAUGCUCGUGAUCAAUUGGCUAUUUAUGUUAAUCAUGUUUUAAUGGUUUUACGCAACAUGCCCUUAACUUCAGGUGUUGAGAGAAUUUUAAUGCAAAUUGAUGUUGUUAAAGAUCAACUUAGAAUGGAAGCUACUAAUGACAUGUUAUCAUUUUCAGAAGAAUAUGAAUUAAGCGAAUGAACAAUUAAA